AUGUUUGGCAGCGUGUUCUUCAUCUUCAAUCGGUUGGUGGAAAUCACCUUCUUGAUUCCCAUUAUCGGCAUUAUGUCAUAUUUUGUCCACGGCUACCUCAAAGCAAACAUGCUUACCCCGGCCUACAUCCUCGUUCUCUUCAUCGUCAGCGUGAUCGCAGCCUUCUGGUGUCUCGAUACGCUCAUCCGAUUCUCAAACACCAAACGCUCCGCCAUAUUCGUCGCAUUCGUGGAUCUUCUAUUCUUCGGCGCAUUCAUCGCCGGUGUUUAUCAGUUGCGCUUCAUCGCCACCCAGGACUGUUCACACUGGGAUGGUAGCUCAAGCUCAGUCUGGGUAUCUCUAGGACCCUUCGGAGAGUACGGCGAGAGCAUCCACAAUGACUACCACUUACAUGUGAAUAAGACCUGCGCUAUGCUGAAGACAACUUUUGCUAUGGGUAUUAUGGAGGUUAUCUUCUUUUCCUGGACAGCUUUCUGGGCACUUUGGCUGCAUAGUCGAGAUCGUGAGGUGAUUGUUCGUGAGAAGACUGUUCGUCGCAGAAGCCACAGUUCUCGACGGGGUCACUCAUCGUCUGGACAGCACCGGCAUCGCAGCUCGAGCCGUAGUCGGCGGUCUGGGUAUGUUUGA